AUGUUGGACGUGGAGAAGGAACUGGCGCCGCCGCCACGAAUCCCGUCCGAGGAGGAGAUACUGCGGGGAAUGCUUAGCCGGCGCUACCACUACGCUCAAGCACAUCGGACCGCCGCCUAUCAGCACACGUUCCGAGCUAAGUCCCGCUGGGAGCUGGUGCGGCUGUCGCUGCUGAUCGUUGGCAUCGAAUGUACGUACGCCACGGAGACGGCCUUCGUCGCCCCGAUCCUGCUCGCAAUCGGCCUGCCGCACACGCUGAUGACGAUGAUGUGGGCCGUUCCGCCAGUCGUCGGUGUCCUGUUCGUGCCGGUGGUGGCGUCGGUCAGCGAUCAGCUGCGAUUUGCUUGGGGCCGCCGACGGCCGAUGCUGCUCGCGCUCGGGUUGGCGAUGCUCUCCGGAAUGAUGUUGCUGCCGCACGGGCACCAGAUUGGUGCGGUGCUCGGGCUGCGUACAGUGGCCUGGGUGGCUACCAUCACCACCGUCGGGCUGACGAUGACCGACUUCUCGGCCGAGGCCGCAAAUGGCCUGUGCCGAACGUACGCGAUGGAAGUGUGCACGAUCCGGGAUCAGGCGCGAGUCCUCAGCACGAUGAUGCUGACCGGCGGGCUGGGUGGUAUGCUGGGGUACGCGUUCGGAGCCAUCGACUGGAGUGCGCUCCCGGUUGGGCGCUACUUCGUCAGCAACGAGGCCGCCGUCUUCGCGGCCAACUGGAUCGUGCUGCUGAUCGGCCUGGUCAGCACCCUCACGGCCUUCGCCGAGAUUCCGCUCCCGGUGCAGGAGCGCGACGAGCUGCUUCGCCCCGUCACGCACUGGAUGCUGCAGAAUGAGGUGAAACGGUUGGCCGCGCCGGCGGACGGUGGAUUGACCGAGCCGGCGGCGGCGGCAGAGGAGGAUGCGCAGGACCAGACGAUUGGAUUUCGGCAGUUCCUGCGCAACACCGUCCGAAUGCCGCGCUCAAUGAAGCUGCUCUGCUUGACGCAGUUCCUCUCGCACAUGGGGUACCUGCCGUACUGUCUGUACUUUACCGACUUCGUGGCGGGCCAGGUUUAUGAUGGAGACGUGCUGGCUCCCGUAGGAUCCGGACCGCAGGUGCGCUACGAAGAGGGGCUGCGGUUCGCCUGCUGGGGGAUGGCCCUGUUCUCGGGCUGUGCCUCGCUCUACUCACUGGUGAUUGAACGAUUGAUCGAUCGGUUCGGCGCACGGACUGUCUACGUCGGCGGGCUGAUGGCCCACUGUGUGGGGAUGCUCGCGAUGGGCUUCGUGCACCGGAAUGCGGUUGUGCUGGUGUCCUGCGCCCUUACCGGCAUCAUGUACGCCACCAUCUAUUCCAUCCCGUUCCUCUUGAUCUCACACUAUCACUCCAAAAACAGCUUCGCCAUGGAGAACGGCAAGUGCGUCGAGAGCACCGAGCCACGGGGAUUCGGUGCCGACGUGUCGAUGAUGAGCAGCGUCCUCUGCCUGGCGCAGCUGGUCGUGUCGCUGGUGAUGGGUGUUGUGAUCGAUGCGGCCGGAACGACCACGGUGAUCACCUUUGCCGCCAGUGGCCUCACGCUGCUUGCGGCCGCCUCAGCCAUGGCCCUACUCUACAUGGAUCUCUAA